CGUAGGACAUUUCCCUUGCAAUUUUUGUCCAAUUUUGGGGAGAAGGGUUACACGAACAGGAAUAGGAAAUGAAAACGAAAUUUUUGGAGGAAAAAGAGAACAAUAGAAGAAGCAAAGACCGUGAAAGCUUUGAGAACCAAAUGGAAGAGAGAGACAAGGGGAUGCAACGAGAAACUUUCGUAGCCUUUCUCAGACCACAUAACCUUUUUGUUAGUUUUCUCAUGAACUCUCAGCAUCACCAGACCCAGAAAUAUUGUUCUUACACAGCCAGGAAAGGAAACAUUUUUUAUUCAGAGAUUUUCUCCCCCUUUUGCCUUAGGAGACUGAAAUUAAAAAGAUGAUUUCUUCAAUGGCGGCGCCUUCUUCCUAUUCUUCAUCUUCAUGGUUCUUAGCAUCAUCCUCUGUGGUGGUUCGAGUUGAGAAGGCCACGAGUGAGUUCUUGAUGGGCCCUGAUUGGACUAUGAAUAUUGAAAUCUGUGACAUUAUCAAUUCCAAUCAUUGGGUGGCAAAAGAAGUUGUGAAAUCGGUGAAGAGAAGGUUGCUCAACAAGAAUCCAAAAGUGCAACUACUUUCAUUAACGCUUCUGGAGACCAUGGUGAAAAACUGCGUGGACAUUAUUCACAUUCAAAUUGCUGAAAGAAGCAUACUACCUGAGAUGGUCAAAAUUGUAAAGAAGACGAUGGAUACACGUGUGAGGGACAAAAUAUUAGUAUUGAUAGACUCUUGGCGAGAGGCGUUUGGUGGCCCUGGGGGGAAAUAUCCUCAGUAUUAUUGGGCAUUCCAAGAACUAAAGAAUGCUGGUGUGGGAUUUCCCCCACGUUCAAGGGAUUCAGCCCCAAUUUUUACUCCACCUGUGUCUCAUCUGGCACGAAAGCAUCCCCAAAUAGGCUACAAAACGCCAACUGAUCCUUCAAUAGUACCUCAGACUGAAGUUUUAAGUUUUCCAACCAUAACUUCUAUGAGGGGUAUCCUAAAUCUUUUAGCUGAAAUGCUGCAAGCUGUGAAUCCAAGCGAUGGCCCUGCUGCUGUAAAAGAUGAAGUUAUAGUUGAUCUUGUUGACCGCUGCCGUGCAAAUCACAAGAAACUGUUGCAUAUGUUAACCACAACUGGGCAAGUUUCUUUCCCUUAUUUAGUAGAAUUCAGGAUUAGGCUCCCAAAAUAAUAUGAACUCAUAUUAUCUCUUGAAUAUAUGGCAAUGUGGGAAAACACUAGUAACUUUAACCUAGAUGCGAGAUUAAGCCUAAUUUACCUCACUCGUAUAUAUCUGGUAGGCAUCCAAUGUGCAACACUUUAUAUGCUAUCUAGCUCCAAUCGGGCUAGACAACUUUGACAGGUGGAUAAAUAUGUCAAACCAGCCCAAAACAAGCUAUUCAAACCAUGCGUAAAAAAGAGCUCUUAAUGGAUGCUGAUGCUCUAGCCAAGGGUCUUGAAUUGAACGAUGCCCUACAAAGUGUGCUUGCAAAGCAUGAUGCCAUAUCUUCCGGUACUGUCUUCCCAGUUUCAGUCAAGGAGAUCAAACAUGAAUCAACUGAGUCACUUGAAGUUGGUAGUAGUGGAGCUGGCCCAAGUAAUACGGAACAAGAAAAUGAACAUGCUCUUGUACCUGUGCCUUGUCUUUUAGGUGAAGAAGAAGACGAAGAUGAUGACUUUGCACAACUGUCUCAAAGACAUUCUAAAACCGGUGAAGGAGAGCUGUCAGAUCCUCCAAGUGUGAACAAUGCAUUGGUUCUUCGCGACCCCCCUGUCCGCACAAAAGAACAAGACAUGAUCGACCUAUUAACCAUCACCUUAUCAUCAAACACCUCCACAGAGCCCAUUCCUGAAACACAAGACACAAUAAAUGAGACGCCCUUGGUUGAUUCUUACCCGGGAGGGCAUCAGAACAAUUACAUAGCCACUUGGGCUGCUCAACCUCAACCGCAAAUGCAGCCUCAAAUUCAGACGUAUUCUCCACCACAAUAUCCACAACAACCUCAGUAUUAUUAUGAAUUACAGCCACAGCCCCAGUACCCACAGUACUAUGGGUAUACCUCUCAACACUAUGCUCCAACGCCCGGUUAUUAUAGCAACUCAUAUGCAUCAUUUUCCUCAUCUUCAAAUGCCUUCCCAGCUUGGGGAAACAAUAAUGGGAUUGCACAAGUUGGUGUAAGUUCCUCAUCUGCUGGGCAAAAGCAAGCUUUUGUUCCGUCAUAUAGGCUAUUUGAAGAUUUGAAUGUUUUGAGUGGUAACGGGGAUCAACCAUUUAAGACGACCACAAUGACGGGUAAUUCAUCUUCCACCAGCUUGUAUGGGGCAAACACUCAAAGUUUGAUAGGUGGGCGCAAAUGAAAUGGUUCAUCUAAAUGACCGUAAAAGCAUGGGUUGAUAAUCUGCGGCCUCUCACCUCCAUUUUUCAAGUUCUUUUUGCAGGUUAGAAAUAAUUACAGUAGUUUGAUGUGAUACCAUGUAUUGUGUAUUAUAGCUUAAUGUAUAAUCGAAUAAUAACUCGAGUGGACAGAUACACAUCAUAAGCGCUAACGCGCAAUACUUCCUUGAAUAAAGCAUAAUCAUCCUCACAUUUGAUGAAUAUCUGAAAUUCUGAAUUGUACUCCGUACAUGGUUGGGGAUUUGCAUUUGACCUCUUGCUCUAUAAGGUUUACUUGUUCAUUAUGGAAGAUUUU